CGUUGGACACGACCACGACUGAGGGGGGGGGCAGGGUGACACCCCCCCCCCGUCUCCCUGUCUCCUACGUCUCGACUCAUUGGAAGAAUAAUAACAGCAGCAGCAGCAGCAGCAGGAGGACGAACUGGAAGUGUGACAACAGCAGGAGGAGCUAUAGGAGGCGCGGCCGGCAGGGAGGCGCCUCCACGUGGGCGGACUAAACGGAACCCAACAGAGCCCCACGGUCGCCUUUGGUUCUUAUCACUUUAGUGCGUUCCUCCUCACGCCAUGGCCGCUCCGCUCCGCGUCUCCAUCGUCGGCUCGGGAAACUGGGGUUCCGCCAUCUCCAAAAUCAUCGGCCGCAAUGUGCAGCAGCUGAGCAAGUUCGAUAAGACGGUGAGGAUGUGGGUGUUCGAGGAGGAAGUGCAGGGACGAAAGCUGACAGAGAUCAUAAACACUGACCACGAGAAUGUCAAGUAUCUGCCGGGACACAAGCUGCCUGAAAAUGUGGUGGCCGUGCCGGACAUUAGCCAGGCGGUGGAGGGCGCCAACCUGCUGGUGUUCGUGGUGCCCCAUCAGUUCAUCCGCGGCCUCUGUGCGAAAAUCAAGGGGCACGCGGCGACUGGGGCCCUAGGCAUCUCCCUCAUUAAGGGCGUGGACGAGGGUCCUGACGGACUGAAGCUCAUCUCCGACAUCAUCCGUGAGCAGCUCGACAUCCCCGUGAGCGUGCUCAUGGGCGCCAACAUUGCCAACGAAGUGGCCGAGGAGAAGUUCUGCGAGACCACAAUCGGCAGCAAGGACCGCGAGGCGGGCAUCCUCUUCAAGGAGCUCAUGCAGACGCCAAACUUCCGCAUCACGGUGGUGGAGGAGGCGGACACGGUGGAGAUUUGCGGGGCCCUCAAGAACAUCGUGGCGGUGGGCGCCGGAUUCUGCGACGGGCUCGACUGCGGUGACAACACCAAGGCGGCCGUGAUCCGCCUGGGCCUCAUGGAGAUGAUCGCGUUCGCGCGCAUCUUCUGCCGCGGAGCCGUGAGCUCGGCCACCUUCCUGGAGAGCUGCGGCGUCGCCGACCUCAUCACCACGUGCUACGGGGGCCGCAACCGCCGCGUCUCCGAGGCCUUCGUGCGCACACGCAAGAGCAUAGAGGAGCUGGAGAAGGAGAUGCUGAACGGCCAGAAGCUGCAAGGCCCCCAGACAGCCGCAGAGGUUCACCGCAUCCUCCAGAACCGCAACAUGGUGUCCAAGUUUCCGCUCUUCACAGCCAUCUAUGAGAUCUGCUACUCGGGCAAGCCUGUAAGCGGUCUCAUGACCUGCCUACAGAGCCACCCGGAACACAUCUAGGCUACUUUGCAGGCUCAGAUGCCCCACACGCCCGUGAUGUCAGUGACCAAGGAAAUCCACACGUCGACCAAAGUUAAGGAAGCGCAACGACUCUUCGAUUUUGUACGUUUGCUGUAAUUUUCGAUUUCUAAGAUCCAAUAUUUUAUAUGCUGCACUGGUGCGCACAAUUGACGUGUUUGGUUUGCAAGUCCAACUAUGUUCUCUGAAAUUAUUUUCUUACGCCACUGUGUUGCUGACGAGUUUUACAGCCACAGGAACUAAAUAUUGCGAGGCUGUGAAAUCGGCUCGUGUGUGUGUGUGUGUGUGUUGUUGUUGGCAGCUCUAGAUAGUCUCCUCCACCUAGGCCAUCAGGAGCGGCUCCCUCCGCUAUCGUGAAGGUCGUCUGUUCCCCGUGGCUGUGUUUGACUGCUGUUCAUUACGACUGUCCCCCAUAAUCAUUCCAUCAGCCCAGCUUUGGUGAGGUCAUUUUAGAGGCACUUUCAAAACAUUGGUCAAUAUGCGUCAGGGGAGAUAUUCGAAAACCAAUUCCUAAAGAUAAUCUGCAAUAAAGGCAGUGUGUUCCGGGUCAUGACCAGUACAUGCGUGUCCCCAUGAAAGCUGCUGUGGCCAUGUCAAUACGGGACGGUGGGAGGAACGGUACAUUUUUGUGGCGGGGGUGUUGGUUAAGAACCGCCCUUGCUGCUGAAUGUUAUGGUAAGUGUGAGUCUGACAUUGACGUGUGUCUUCACUUUAAAUUCAAUCAGGACUGUUUACUUGAAAUAAAUAUGACAACAACAUUA